UAACAGCAAAUACAAUUUUAUCGCUCGUCAUCCAUUUGUUCUACGAGAUAUAAUGAAAUUUAUUUCAAUAGUAGUUUUAUUGGUCUACUCAACAUUUACCAAAAGCUCCAAAGUUUACUCGUCACACGCAGGUGGAUAUGUUAAGAUCCAUCAAAGAAAAAUCAGUGAAAAUAAAAGUCUUAGUUGUGGCAGCAAUAGCAACAACACAUGUGCGGAAGAAUCUUUUGAACCUUACUGCAUGGGUUUGAACAACAGGAAACUGGAAUGCAUUAACUCAUGGCCUUCCGCUAACUUCGGAGACAUCGUUAGGUCCAAGGACCUCUGCUUGCUAACGACGGGGCAACCUUUAAUGCGUUCCUGCCUUUACAAUAGCUCAGAUUGUUCAGCCUAUUGGGAAGAGUUUGAUGUGAAAGCCAUUCGAUGUCUUAGAGAUAUUAAACAGAACAUUGUAACAAACGAUCUUUACCAAUUGCUUAAGCGGGUGCAAGAGAAUCCUUUAACCGAAGAUAAUGCCAGGAUUAAUGUAACCAGUCAAUUAGUAGAACUUUUAAAAAAAUCCCCAACUGUGCGCACAACUGCCGAUUUGGUGUUAACGGCUGAUAUACUGGAAUUGAUAACAGAACACGCCCAUAAUCAUUCUUUGGUGCCUAAAGUUUUACAAGUAAUGAAUCUUCUAAUGGCUAGCAAUGACAACGUCAUACUGAGCUCAAGCACAUUAGGUGCCACAAACAGACUGAUAAAAAUCACAGAAGAUUUCUAUGAUAGAAUGAUUUCUGUGGCGUCUGAUUGCAGGGAGGUUCCAGAUGGCUAUCGCCAUUAUUUAGAGAAGUUCUUAAGUAUUUUCUAUAUUAAUAUCUUGUGUACAGCUAAAUCUGGUAUUGCAGUUUACAAUGGACCAUCCAAAAAAUCAAUGUCUUCGGCACAAUCACAUAUUAGCGAUUCAACUACAAACAACUAUUUUCGCUAUUUGAAUAAAAAUGAAGACUUGAAAAGUCUUGCUUCCGACACUAAUUUUAUGGCUUACUUUAAGUUAAACUAUAAAUUUCGUGCAGUUCUUUUCAAAAAGUCCCAGCAAAACUCUUACAUUCUGCGCAUAUCACUUUACAAAAGUAUGCAGUUUUUUGUAGAUGCAAAAAUCCGCAACAAGAUACCAGCUAGUGUCAUCUUUAGGAUAUCAACGCCGCGAGUUCCAGAAUGGUUUCCGGCUCCGACUGGUGAAUUGUUGCUACGGCCGAUUCCACCGAAUCGACCUAAUCUUGAAGGGUUAUUUUGUGCCGUUUGGGACCUUGGAAACUUGGAUGGAAUGAAAAACUACACAAACGUCACUCAUAAUGGAUUUAAUUGCACCACUUCGCAAGUACCGUCAUUUGUAGCUGUGGUCGAAUUCAGAAAAAAUCCGAUGCCUGCUGCUUUAAAGUUACCUCUGCUAACCGUACGUCAGGAAUAUGAGGUCAAUAAGGGAACAAUUGCUGCAUGUAUUCAAUCGUUGUUGGGUCUCUUCUGUAUUUUCGUUACUGCCAUUGUUUUUAAGGAGUGGCGCUUGCAGUUCGUAAAUCAACUUUUGGUUAACAUUUGUUUGGUGCUGACUCUAUUCACAUGUUAUUUUAUAGCCAACUUUAUGACCAGUAUACGAAAAGCUCUCCAGAAUGUGUACAAUCUUCAAAGUUGCAAAAUUAUGGGAGCCUUAUUGCAGUAUUGCAUUUUGGUACUCUCUGUGUGGAUGUUGUUCAUUGGUAUACUGCAGUAUUAUCGCUAUGCGAGCGUUUUUGGUGCACAGCCCCGUAAAUGCUGGGUGGGGCGAAGUGCCUUAGCCGCUUGGACUCUGCCCUUGAUACCUACCGCGUUAGUCUUUUUCUUAGAUUCCGAAUCGUAUACGCUUUUCGUUCGAACACCCACUGCCUACAAGCAGAUUUUAUGCUAUCCAACUGGUCUCAAUUGGUAUUUGUCAGUGUUGUUGCCCUUCAGCCUUGCCAUCUGUGCAGAUCUUUGCAUUUUCGCCUAUAUCGUUUGGAAAAUUCGCAUUUCCUUAACGAAAUUUCAUCGAACUCUGGAACGGAAUGAGGUCAUCAUGCAAGUGCGCAAAUCGUUUUGCUUGCUUUUAAUUUUGAGUAUUUCGUGGAUUUUCGGUAUACUGGGCCAUAUCCAUGACAGCAGUAACUAUUCAAGGAUAUUUUGUUAUACAGCAACAUUGCAGGGAGUUUUUCUUUUUGUGUAUUUUGUGAUGUGCGAUGAAAAUGCUCGUGCUUCUUGGCUGAGAAUUCUACGUGCCCGUAGAAAAUCUUUUGCUGUUGAAAAUACUGUGGAUCGGAGUUUGUCUGUUACACAACAGUGGUUUGACCUAAGUUUUAAGUAAUAAAAUUUCCCUAUGAAUAAUAAUUUAGAAAAAUAAAACUAUUGUACUGAA